AUGAGCUCGGAAAGCUGCGAUGAUUCGGAGGCUCCCAGGCCCCUGGAUAAACGUUCGGACGGAACGGAACGUGAUGACUUUGGAGAUUCUGAUACCGACAGCCACGAUCAUGCAUCUCGCCUUGUUCACGAGUCUCUGAAGGGGGGAGGAGAAGGGAGAAGGUGGAGCACUCGUGGCCAGAAGCAUAAAUACGUCCCGGAAGAUGAGACUCCCGAUGCCAAAGACGCACGAACUAUCUUCGUAGGGAAUGUAACUGCAGACGUCGUAAAGAGUCGACCACUCAUGAAGCAACUGAAACGACAUAUUCUGGGCUUCGUGCCCGGAGCAAGGAUCGAGUCUACUCGUUGCAGGUCAGUCGCUUUCCAGGCACCGACUAGCAAGCUGCCCGCUUUCGAUGUCGAAGACGCAGUCGGUGGGAAGGGCAAAGGCAAACAAGAGGGCCAAAAGCAAGUAAGACAACACGAGGUCCAGCGCGCGUCAUUGUGGCGAGACUCUAAAGCUUCGAAAGAAGAGGACGAGAUCACUAAAGACGAGAAAAAGUAUCUAACGCCUCAGGAGAAGAAGAAAAUAGCUUUCAUCCACCGCGACCUGCACCCGGGUGUGGAUACUGUGAAUGUCUAUGUCGUCUUCGCGUACCCAACCCCUCGCGCCAAAGCAGCUGAAACGAUGGAUCCCUUCGAGGCUGCCCGCCUGUCUGUGCAGCGUUGUAAUGGGUCGGUAUUCUCUGGACAUACUCUUAGGGUUGAUCGGGUUGGGAAAGCAAAGACAACGAAUACAGGGGAUAGCGCUGCAGAAGAUCCAAAGACCACUCUUUUCGUCGGGAACCUCGAUUUUGCUUGCAAGGAGGACGAUUUGCGUGCAUUUUUCGAGGCUCUCAUGAUCUCAGAACGGGGAGCUCCCGCCUCAGAUGUUGCUGAUGUUCCCGAAGAGCUUGUCGGUAAAUCGAAUGCCUGGGUAACACGGAUCCGGAUUAUAAGGGAUAAAGAUACGCAACUUGGCAAAGGCUUCGCGUACGUUCAAUUUGCAGAUCGCACAUGCGUAGACGAAAUCCUGGGGCUAGAUGAAACCAAACUCAAAUUCGCUAAGAGAAAGCUGCGUGUUCAGCGCUGUAAAACGUCGCUAGCCAGUCAUCAGCUCGUUGCUGGGUAUUCAGCACGACGUGUGGGCGGUGGCAAGUCCUCUGAAACUCAGGCCCGCUCAGGUGGGAUGGGUCAACGCUCCAAUCUGGUACCAGCUGUUCCCAAGGGUAACCCAGCCCUUGGAGAGAAAAUUGCACACCUUCCGAAGGAAGCCAGGAAGCAGGCCAAAGCAUCUGAUCCCGACAGGGUGGCUCGUAGGAUGGCCAAGAAGAAAGCUCGCAUGGCUCUAAUUAACAAAGGAACCAAGCCACAGGCCACAGAGCGGGAACGUAUUCGAAAGCGCCCCAAGGCGAAACCAGGGUCCGACGCUGGAAAGGAGUCCAAGAAGAGAAGGGUGAGAAGUGAUAAGAGUAUACUUAACAAAAAUAUGAAAAAGUAG